ACUACAGUGGUAGGUAUCAUUCGACCACAACACAUCCCAUCAUGCAGUGCUUGACUGUUUUCGCCGCUCUUGCCGCCGUGGCCUGUGCCGCCCCUGGCUACGCUCCCCUGGCCUACGCCCCAGCUCCGGCACCAAAAUUAGCCCCUGCACCUGCACCGGCACCACUGGUCUACGCUCCCGCCGCCCCUGUCUACGCCCCCGCACCAGCCCCAGUCCACGCUCCGGCUCCAGCACCUCUUCCACUCGCCACCUCCUACACCACCGUCACCACCUCCUCCAUCCACCAGGAGCACCCUCCUCCACCCCCACCCCCCGUCAAGGUCGCUUACGUGCCUGCCCCCGUGCACUACGCUCCUCCACCCCCAGCCCCAGUCUACGUGCCAGCACCGGCCCCUAAGUACGUCCCUGCUCCUGCUCCGGCACCAGUCUACUAUGCACCUGCCCCCGCACCCGCCCCUGUCGUGUACGCCCCUGCACCUGCCCCUAAGUACGUUGCCGCUCCUGCUCACGGACCUGCGCCCGCACCCGGCCCUGCUCCAGCUUACCCCUGGUGAUUUCAGCCAAGAUAUGACCAAAGCCAACUCUUCAAACCUCGCCUAUUUCUUCUUCAGUCAAGCAGUGCCUGACAACGAUGUGUAAUAUAAUUUAUUAAGUGAUAAUAAAAAUCUUCUACUAUUUUGUA